UUAAGCAGUAACAGUCAAAGGCUCGGUUGGAAAGGAGCUACAUAUUUACAAAAAGUAUAAAAACACACCGAGAUUCUGAUACCGGCACUGCAAAAUUUCGAAAAUUUCGGUUUAAUAAAAUUCCCACCGCGAAUUACAAUUCAGUCAAUAACACCACAAGUUGAACAUUAAAAGAUGAUCAACGAAGGCAUUGUACGUCUCAGCUCGCUUUUAGUGGGCUGUGUAUAUCCGGCAUUUGCAUCGUACAAAAUUUUGAACGGUAAAUCGCGCUCAGAACGCGAGCAGAACAUUUGGCUAUCGUACUGGAUCGCUUACGGAGUCUAUGCCAUCAUCGAGUUCUUCUCCGUUGGUCUUAUCUGGUGGGUACCCUUCAUUAAUGAGUUCAAGCUUUUUUUUCUUUGUUGGUUGUUACCUACUGUUGGAGGCGGCAGCGAACUGAUUUACGAUGACUUCUUAUGUCCAUUUUUUACGCGCAACGAGAGUGCCAUUGACCAAGCCAUCACGACUAUCUCUAUUAAAAGCGGUGAAAUUCUCAGUGAACUGGUUCAGUUACUCUACAGCAUCCUAGUGGUAAUUGCUGAACAAUGCUGCAUUAUGCGUCAGAAUGGGGAUAUGCACUUGACUCCUAGCAUUGAGGCGGCUCUAAAUGAAGUGCUCGCUGGACGUCAAGGCACUAGUGCAAGCGGAACCAACAACGAGCAAAUUGAGGAACAGGUUGCAAAGCUAAAGGAGGUUGCACGCAAAGUAGUCAAAUGUCGUUCUCUAGGAGAGCUGGCCAAACUGAAGUUGUCGCAGAAAUCCCAAUCGCUCGAAAAAUCAACGCCGCAGCAGCCGGAAUCAGAGUCACAAGUCACAUCGGAGUCUAAGCCUGGCCAACACAUAGACAUCAAGUGCAGCAGCGAAAUUGAAUUGCGCAUUUUAAAGGCGGAGGCAGAGGUUGCCCAACGCAUACAGCUAACCAACCAGAUGUCAAACAGUGAGCCCUUUGCACGUGCCAACAGCCACAUGCUCGCUAAUACAAUGACUACAUUUAUGGGGCCCGUGUAUCAGCCUGUCGAGAAGCCACAACGUCCACCAAAGCCAAAGCGAGGGCUUCGCAAGCAACAAGGAGUUAACCAGGAGCUGGGUCGCAUCCUGCACGAGCAGGAUGGUUCCAUUAACAAUCCGCUACCGGGCAACUCGAAUUUAAUAGGCACCAAUCUAAAUAUUAGUAACACCAAAUGCGAAUUGUGAAUAUGAAUGCCAACUUUAAUUUGACUUAAACAUUAUGAAAGGAAAAAGAACACACAUUAUUAUACUCAAUAGUCUGGGAAAUACAAUAGAAAUAUACCUGUCAAUUGCUGAUAGUAGCCAUAGACCUAGGCAAGAUUGGCAUGUUGCCACAUACUUAAGUUUCGUUCAUAUACAGAAAUUACAAUAAAUUAACUUGUUCAAAUUGUUCAGAAAUAUCCUUA